UGGUUUUUCAGACUUCCUCUUGCGGUGAUUUGGAGACUGCGCAUCUGGAUUUCUUAAACAUACAAAGGAAUUGCUGGAGCAAGCAAAAGCAGAGAGAGCCCUGAGGAAAGUUAAGAUGUGUUGAUAAGCAGCUGAUGGGACCUUGCAACUCAAGACACUGACAGUGCCAAGCUCUUUACGAAGACAGGGCUUCAGGGAAAUAAUACAAAUCGAAGCAAAAUGAAGAUGCACAUCUCCUUCAGCUUUGCUGGUUGCAUGCUUAAAAUCCUGUUGAUCCACAUCUCCAUUUUUCACCCAGCCUCAGCCCCACCACCAACAACUUUGAGGCUUUCAGAAGAUGUACCAGGCAGAGAACUGAUCCCAUCACCCAUCAUAAAGUUUCCAGGGGACAUUUCUCCAAAAACUGACAAAGAACUGGCAUUGCAAUACCUCAACAAGUAUUAUGGGUGCCCGAAAGACAACUGCAACCUCAUGGUGCUGAAAGAUACCUUGAAGAAAAUGCAGAAAUUCUUUGGGCUUCCUGAAACUGGAGAACUGGACCAAAACACCAUAGAUACAAUGAAGAAACCCCGUUGUGGCAAUCCGGAUGUGGCCAAUUAUAAUUUCUUCCCGAGAAAACCAAAAUGGGAGAAAAAUCUCGUCACAUACAGGAUUUUAGGCUACACCCCAGAUCUGGACUCAGAGACUGUGGAUGAUGCUUUUGCCCGAGCCUUUAAAGUCUGGAGUGAUGUCACACCACUGGAGUUUUCCCGAAUUCAUGAUGGUGAAGCAGAUAUCAUGAUCAAUUUUGGACGAUGGGAGCAUGGUGAUGGGUAUCCUUUUGAUGGCAAGGAUGGUCUCCUGGCCCACGCCUUUGCCCCUGGGCCUGGGGUUGGUGGGGACUCCCAUUUUGACGAUGAUGAGCUUUGGACUUUGGGUGAAGGACAAGUUGUUAGAGUGAAAUACGGCAAUGCAGAUGGGGAAUUCUGCAAAUUCCCAUUCCUGUUCAAUGACAAAGAAUAUAACAGCUGCACCGAUGCAGGUCGGAGUGAUGGAUUCCUUUGGUGUUCGACAACAUACAACUUUGAUGCGGACGGCAAAUACGGAUUCUGUCCCCAUGAAUUGCUAUUCACAAUGGGUGGAAAUGGUGAUGGGCAGCCGUGCAAGUUCCCCUUCAAAUUUCAAGGCAGCACCUAUGAUAGCUGUACCACGGAAGGAAGAACAGAUGGAUACAGAUGGUGUGGGACCACUGAAGAUUAUGACCGAGAUAAGAAAUUUGGAUUUUGUCCAGAGACAGCAAUGUCAACGGUUGGUGGAAACUCUGAAGGAGCACCCUGUGUUUUUCCUUUCAUAUUCCUUGGGAAUAAGUACGAGUCCUGUACCAGCUCUGGGCGUCAGGAUGGGAAGAUGUGGUGUUCCUCAACUAGCAACUAUGACGAAGACCGCAAGUGGGGAUUUUGUCCAGAUCAAGGCUACAGCCUUUUCCUGGUUGCUGCUCAUGAAUUUGGUCAUGCCAUGGGACUAGAGCAUUCUGAAGAUCCUGGAGCACUCAUGGCCCCCAUCUAUACCUACACCAAGAACUUUCGGCUUUCCCAGGAUGACAUCACGGGAAUCCAGGAACUUUAUGGGGGCUCUACUGAUGUUGGUCCAGGCCCAAGUCCAACACUUGGGCCAGUCACCCCUGAACUAUGCAACCAAGACAUUGUAUUUGAUGCUGUUGCUCAACUCAGAGGGGAAAUCUUCUACUUCAAAGACCGAUUCAUCUGGAGGACGGCAAACCAACGAAACAGGCCAAGUGGUCCUUUGCUGAUUGCUACGUUCUGGCCAGAGCUCCCAGAAAAAAUUGACGCUGUCUACGAGGCCCCUCAAGAAGAGAAAUCAGUCUUUUUUUCAGGAAAUGAAUACUGGGUUUAUUCAGGCUACAACUUGGAAAGAGGUUAUCCGAAGAGACUCACUAGUCUGGGUUUACCUCCUGAUGUGCAACGUGUCAAUGCAGCUUUUAGUUGGAGCAAAAACAAGAAGACCUACAUUUUUGCAGGGGACAAAUUUUGGAGGUACAAUGAAGUAAAGAAGAAAAUGGACCCUGGCUUCCCUAAAUUAAUUGCAGAUGCUUGGAAUGGUGUUCCAGACAACCUAGAUGCUGUGUUUGACGUGAGCGGAAGUGGCCACAGCUAUUUCUUCAAGGACUGGUAUUAUCUCAAAAUGGAAGACCAGAGUCUAAAGAUUGUUAAAGUUGGCAAUGUGAAAUCGGAUUGGCUGGGUUGCUAAGCAGCGUGUCUUCUUAAUAAUGUCAACUACAGCAAAAUCUACACUUUUUUGUUUUUGUUUUGUAAAAGUCUUAUGUCUUACCUGCAAUUAGAGAUAGAUCUGUAUGCUAAUUCAUGGGCCAGUCUGGUACUGGCACCAAGUCACUAAGUACCACUAUUUGACAGAACUUUUUUUAUUAUUAUUAAAUCAUUCUGUUUAAGCAUAUGUGCUUAGAAGCAAGUUCCAUAAAAUGCAUGGAAUUUCCUUUUAAGUAGAUGCAUAUAGAAUCGGGGCACAAUAGGUCUUUGUUUCUUCCUCUCUUCAUUCAUUAAUUUAAGACUUUUGCAACUUUUUGGCAUGCAGCAAGUUAUGUUUACUUAUGUAGCCUGACACUUGCUACAUUUUUCUGUGUGUGCAGAUUGGUGCUAAGGACAGAACAGCAAACUCUGAAGGAAUUCUCACCUGAGCAGAGAUCAGAUGUUUGAAUGUGCCUGCAUAUAAAUAAAUAAAUCCGCUAUACAUUGAAAGCUAGCAUUGCAAGGAGAAAGCCAGGGUCAAACAUUCUUCCUGACAUGCUAGCUUUCCAAGAACAUUCAAACACUUGAUCCCACAGCUACAGUCUGAAGUGUCGCCAUCUAGCAACAGAUACUUCACAUGGAACUGCUGAUUAUGUAACUUAGUUCUUAGUCACUUGAUAGUCAAUGGAUUUCAACAGGUCUUGGUGAGGCCAUAGUAAUGUACACUACUGGAGCCAAAGUAAAAUUGUACUGUCUUUCAAAAUCCAGCUCCAUCCCCCCAAAAGAAAAUACUCAAAAUACUCGAGUACUUGAAAUGGUUGUUUGCCAUUUAAAACAUAUCAGUGCCCAAAUAUCCACCAAGAGGGGCCCUCAAAACUGUAACUUGGAUUUCAGAAUUAAAAUGUUGACACAUGUCCUUUCUGAGUUUUAAUGUGUGUUUUCUGUUUUGUUUUUAAACCCAGCUUCAGUUCAAGUUUGCCAAAGGGUUGUAUGCAAUAUUCUUUCUACUCAGAGUUGACCCAUUAAAAUAGAUGGACCUAAGUUAGUCAUGACCAUUAAUUUCAACAGGUCUACUCUGGGUUAGGACUAAUGUUGCAUCCAAGCCAUACUCACUGUCUGUGAAUAGUUCCAUUCCUUUGUCAUUCCCUGGAAAACGUCAUUCUUUCUUUACAUUUGCAUUUCUUCACACACCAAAGUGGAAAGACUGACCAAAGGGGCACGGGAUGCCUAGGAAUUGGUUGGAACAGGAUGGGAUCAACAGGGACAAACUUGUAUGAAAUGUAUUGUUUUAAAGUACUUUUUACUGGAAUGCCUUUACCUUAAAUUAGCAAACUGCUUCUUGCACUUUCUUUCCUAUUACAACCUCCCCCUCCCUUUCUUUUUAUACGGUUAUAUCAAGGUGAUUCCUCUUCUCUUUGGCUUCAUUCACACAGCAGUCCAUUCCAUUUCCCUAGCUGUUAAUUUCCACAUUAUAUUUCGGCUUUCACAUGACACAGAAAGCCACCUAAAGCAAUAUAGUGAUAUAUAGUUCAAGUUUAGCAAUUUGCUUCAAGGAAAACAAAAUAUUUGCAAAUAACACAGAAAGUUGCACAAUAUUCUGCUGUAUUUCCAGAAGUAGCAUUUAUGUUAUGUGAAGGCUUAAAUAUAAUGCAGAAAUUAACAGUAAGGAAAAGUGGAAUAAAUUAUUGUGUGAAUGCAGCCUCCAUCUCUCUUCUGCUCCUUCCUUGUUAGAUUUAAAGCAUUGGGAGAUGCCAAGUGUUCACUGUACAACCUGAUGGAAUAUUUUAUGUUCAUACAGAAAGAUUUUUUUAAAAAGGGAAAGUAAGUCUGCAUACAUGAAAUGUCAGUGGUAUAAAUAAAUAAAAGAAAAUAACAGUUCCA